AUGGGAGAAAAGAAAUCUUUCCUGGGCCUCACUGGGCGACCAUUGACGAUAGCCCAGAUGGCGACCAUCGUCAUGCCUUCUUUCGUCUUGUUCGGCUACAACCAGUCCAACCUCGGCGGCCUGGUCAGCCUGCACGACUGGGUCGACCAUUUCCCUCGCAUCGACACCGUCAACACCACCGGGUCGCAGAAGAGCAACAACGCAACCAUCCAAGGCGUCGUGAUAGCGACCUUCACCCUCGGCGCCCUGCCGGGCUGCCUGUCCUGCUCAUAUACUGCCGACCGCUUCGGCCGGCGCGCCAUCAUCUUCCUCGGGGCCCUGCUCACGCUCAUCGGAGAGGUGCUCGAGGCCUCCUCCUUCAGCCUCGCCCAGCUCAUCGUGGGCCGCCUGAUCCUCGGCGCCGGCGUCGGCAUGCUCAGCGGCACCGUGCCGACCUGGCAGAGCGAGUGCUCGAGCUCCAGCAGCCGCGGCCGGCACGUCGUGCUCGACGGCCUCUUCAUCAGCCUCGGCUACGUGCUCCAGGCCUGGAUCAACCUCGGCUUCUACCAGUACAGGACCGGCCCCAUCACCUGGCGCCCGCCCGUCGCCAUCGCCUGCUUCUUCUCCCUCGUGCUCAUGUCCUGCAUCUUCCUGAUGCCCGAGUCGCCCCGCUGGCUGGUGCGCCGCAACCGCAUCGGGGAGGCCCAGAUGACCAUGGCGGCGCUCAAGGGGCUCGCCCCGGACGCCGACGAGAUCCGCAACGAGAUGGCGGCCAUCGAGAUAUCCCUCGAGGGCAAUGCCGGGAAGAGCGCGUCGCUGGCCAGUCUCCUGACGAUGGGCGAGGACAAGAUGCUGUACCGCUUUGGCAUCUGCAUCUUGUUGCAGUUCUACCAGCAGAUGUCCGGCGGCAACCUGAUCUCGGUCUACUCGACCGUCAUCUUUCAGCAGGGCUUGGGCCUCGAUGCGCAGACGUCGCGCAUCCUGUCCGGUGGCACGCUCACAUGGAAGUUUCUCUCGUGCUUUGUGUCCUUCUUUACCAUCGACCGCUUCGGACGCCGGGUUGCCCUUAUGGUUAGCGGGACGGGAAUGGCGUCGUGCAUGCUGGGAUUGGCUGUUGCCACAUCCUUUCCCAGGUCCAACUUUGCCGCUCAGGUCGUCAGCGUCCUCUUCGUCUUCCUCUUCAACUUCUUCAUUCCUAUUGGCUUUCUGGGCGCCAAUUUCCUCUAUUGCACCGAAGUUGCGCCCCUGCGGCUGCGCGUUGCUAUGUCUAGUAUCUCUACAGCGAAUCACUGGCUCUGGAACUUUGUUGUCACCAUGAUCACGCCUGUUGCCAUCGAAAGCAUUGGGUACAAGUACUACAUUGUGUACACCCUGGUUGGCUUCUGUAUCCCGUUCUCCGUGUACUUCCUGUACCCCGAGACCAUGGGCAUGAGGUUGGAAGACAUCGAUCUCAUCUUCAGAAACAGUCCCUCUGUUUUGAAGACGGUCUCGUACGCAAGAACCCGACCGCAUCUGGCCGUCGAAGAGGCUCUGGACACCAAGGAAAAGGCGGAACAUAGUGAGAGUGCAUAA